AUUAUAUGCCAGUAGCAAAUCUGACAAUUCUUCCUGAACUAAAUUUCUGUCCGCUUGCACCACACGCAACCAAGUGCGUUUCUCUCCUCAAUUCCCCACGAUGCUCGCGUCGCUGCUUCCCUCGGCCGCUUCGGCCCUCUCCGCGCCUGCUGUGGGUGCCCUGCCCCUCCUGGCGCAGCAGCUAGGCCGGCGCCUGUACCACAAGAACGUAGUGGAGCACUAUGAGCGCCCCCGCAACGUUGGCUCGUUCGACAAGAGCGACCCCGACGUUGGCACCGGCCUCGUGGGCGCUCCUGCAUGCGGCGAUGUCAUGAAGCUGCAAAUUAAGGUGGACGAGCAGGGCAACAUCGUGGACGCGCGCUUUAAGACGUUUGGAUGCGGUUCGGCCAUCGCCAGCAGCAGCGUGGCGACGGAGUGGGUGAAGGGCAAGUCGCUGGACGAGGUGUUAAAGAUUAAGAACAGCGACAUCGCCAAGCAUCUCAGCCUGCCGCCCGUCAAGCUGCACUGCAGCAUGCUGGCGGAGGAUGCCAUCAAGGCUGCGGUGAAGGACAUCCAGGCGAAGCGCACUAAGACCGCCACCGCGGCAGCUUAGACACCUAGUGUAGCGGGGUUUAGCUAUGAUGGGUUGGGAGAACGCUUACGAUGCGAGUAACAGGUGUAGGACACGCAGGAGUCAGUGUUGCCGGGUUUGGCGUGCGUGUCAGUGCCUGAACCCCUGACCGACCAGGGCCAUUUCAUUUGGCGUUAUCGCAGCAUGGACACCGUUUGUAUGUUUGCACUGCACUGACAAUAGUUUUGUUGUGAUUGCUGUGCGUUUUUAUGUGCUUGGAAUGCUCGAGAGGUCGUCGCGGGGCUAACUAGUACGCAUGCGCGCGGCCCACGCCGCAUUUAGAGAGGCUGAGUGAUAUCACCGCAACAUUGAUGUAGAUUGCAUUCCGUGUAUGUGGUUAGGUUUAGAAACCGACAACUGAGGUAUACUUAUAAUCUUACAACCUAAGCUAAGAAAGAAACGGGUUAUGCGCGGCGUGUAACGCCGCAUGGUCAACCGUUCUCACAGACAAGCGUGCCCUACGUCGGCACGCACAUUGCAAUCUAUGUAAUGCUAAGCA